AUGAAGGCCACACUCAUCUUCUUCGCCGCGCUGACGGGUUUGGGACUGUCAGCCCCAUUAACCGACGCGGACAUUGACGCUGCGCUCGAGACGCGAGACCUUCGCUCCUGCAUCCAAAAGUGCAGCACGGGUGCUGUCGCGGGAAGCUUUGCGUGUGCUCUCGGCUACUCCCUGCAAGGACUGCAAGAGCAAGGUCCAAAGCACGCUCAAUUCAUGCAUGUUGCCGGAGAGUACGUCCGCGAAAAUAUCAUCGAAAGUCAGGAAGGUGUGCACAUGGUUCUUGACUAUCAGGUGGUCGACGUCAACACCUGCGAUCCAGUUCCUGAUGUCUACCUCGAGAUGUGGCAUUGCAACUCCACUGGGGUGUACUCCGGCAUUGUUGCCUCCGGCAACGGCGACAGCUCCGACGGCAGCAACAUCAACAACACGUGGCUUCGGGGGAUCCAAAAGACCGACUGUGAUGGUGUGGCCCAGUUCCAAUCCGUCUUUCCCGGCCAUUACACCAGCCGAGCUACGCAUAUCCACAUUAUGGUUCACGCAAAUGCUACGCUUCUUCCCAAUAUGACGCUUGGUAGGGAGAACUACGCAAGCCAUGUUGGACAAGCCUUCUUCGACCAAGACCUGAUAGCCCAGGUCGAGAAACUCGAACCUUAUGCCUCCAACACCCAAGAACUCACCAAAAACGCCGCCGACGGCAUAUUGAGUGAAGAGACCGCUACAGAUGGUGUAGACCCGUUCAUGGAGUACACCCUUCUGACGGAUGACAUCCAAGAUGGCAUUUUUGCUUGGCUGGCCUUCGGUAUCAAUACUACCGGGUCUGACAGCAUUGUUCCAGCUGCGUACUACUAUGAGGGGGGAGGUGUUAGCAAUGUAUCGGUCAAUAACCUGCGACUGGGCUCGGAAGGCGAUGCGUACAGGCUGAGAGCUGCCGACACGAUUACGGUGAGCAAGCAUGUUGCACGCCUUCACGACACUGAGGAUCAGGUGUUCCAGCUUCAAGAAUCCGCGGACGAACUUCUUUCAGAAGAAAUUGAUAUAUACCCUCGCGAUGAGAUUGACGACAGACCCAGUAACUUGACGGCAAGUCUGGUAGGGCGUAGUCUCGAUGGCGACGGGGACGAUGACGCCGUAGACUUCGACGACGAAAACGUGCCGGAGGCCAAUCUGGAAGGGGAAAUUCUCAUGCCCUUGCCAUGGAUGCGGUUUUCCCUUCUUGACGGAUACUUCAAGGGGAUAAAGGCCAUAGUCAAGGCAAGCGAGCUUGUGCCGGAACACCCCAGAAAUUCACGUAAGCGUCCUCCACGACAAUCAGUGCCGAAGCACGAGGAUCAGAAGCCCGAGAUUUAUAGUCCAUACGAUUCCGCGACCAACAACAUUACGCAAUGCUACCUGGACAUCUCCAACUCGACUCCAGUUCCCAACAUAUAUGCCUACCGCGGUAUCCCGCAGCAAAUGCCGAGUCCAGCUAUUGGCUCGUACGACUUACUCGGAAUUCGUUCAGAUGUCUGCUUUGAUCGAUUCGGCCGGUACGGUCCGUACGGUUUCGGGUAUCGGAAAGCACACGGCGGGUCAGGCGUGGGACUCGACACAGAGAACUCGGGCAGUGAUGCCGUAUGGGCCCAGACAGGGCAGAUCGACUAUGGCAACAUAAACUGGAGCGAUGCCCAGGAGCGUUGUUUUGCCUCCAACAGACACCGAUUUGAUUCGGCGCCACUUGGCAGAACCGCAGAAUCGAUCAAUAGGGACAACAAGCUCAAGCGGAUGAGGGCAUCUAAUGAUGAUGAGCAGCGCAAAGAGAAAGUCAAUCCACGUUCUGAGCUUCGACAUCGUUCUGCCGUAGUGGUCCGCCUCUACACGGGCUUCCAAUGGACGGAACUGGCCAUACUGAACCUACGAGCUAUGAUCUCCGAGCUCUCUCUCAAUACCGGUGGCGAGUACGCCGUGCAUCUUCUCCUGCAGGUUCACAAUACAGACCUACCGAUAUGGUCUGACGAUGAGACUCUCGGACGGCUGCUGCAAGCCCACGUACCAGUUGAGUUUCAUGGCCUCGUCUCGGUUUGGAGCGAGUCAGAGAUGACGCUCUAUUACCCGGGUGCGUUCGAUGCACCCUUGGCGAACCCAAGUGAAAGAAGCGCCCACGGGUUUUACCGAAGCGGCCAUCUCCCAUUACAAGUAUUCGCCAUGGACCAUCCACAGUACUCGAAUUACUGGAAUUGGGAGGUAGACAUUCGAGUUGUUGGCAGCUAUUACGAGUUCUUCGACCGGAUGGGACGAUGGGCGGACGAGCAGCCGCGACGGCUCUUGUGGGAGCGUAAUGCUCGUUAUUACAUCCCGUCAUAUCACGGAUCUUGGGACAAUUUCUCUCGGACAGCUCAUUUCGACACGAAGCAAUACGGGCGUCCUGACGUGUUUGGGCCGGUGGCUUUCCCGGGGCAGAAGCGCCUACGGCACGAGAAACGGCAGGCCUCGGCACUCCCUGCGAAUUGCAUUGAGCAACCAGAAGAUUGUGGCGUGGGAGAAGCGGCGGAUCUCAUUACUCUCAAUCCAAUCUUCGACACGGUAGAUUCCGGGUGGAUCUUUUCCGACGACAUCACCGGAUACCCUGGGGCGUCGCCAUCAGAACCACCAAGACGAUGCGCUAUUGUCACGGCGUCGCGCCUGAGUGGCCGUCUGCUGAAGGCAAUGCACGAAGAGGUGUGGCGCCACCACCACACCAUGUUCAGCGAAAUGUUUCCUCCGACCAUAGCCCUGCAUCAUGGGUUCAAGGCAGUGUAUGCGCCGCAUCCAGUAUACUUGGAUAGGGCGUGGUAUCCAGUGAACGAGAUCGACGCCGUCUUCAACAGCGGUGCAGCUCACUCUACAUCUGGCAUUGGAAGCCCCUUCGACCAAAAGAAUGAGCACAACUUCAAAGGCUCAACGUGGUACUACAACAGUGAGUUUGCGGGACUUCUGUGGCGAAGGUGGCUGGGGUAUGCGCAAACACAGCCGGGACGGAGGAGCAGUUCCAUCAGAGGGGCGAUGACGAGUUCCGCGAGAGGGGGAUUCGAGGAGGAGAGCGACGAAGGAAGCAGCGGAAGGAUGUGUUUGAGAAGCAUGAUUGUACACCCCAUCAAACACGAGGGGCCGGGUGACGUAUAA